CUGUAACAACGUAACGUUAAUGUUAUUCGAUUGCACCAGUCGAUCGAGCAAGGUUGCGUUUUUCGUUAGUUGUUUAGUGUGUCCAUCGUUCUCCCUCUAAUAUCAAUUAUUGCGCUUACCCACGCCAAUGUGUUACCCAUAAUACCAUUGUCGCUGCCGGUGGUGUUGAACUUGACAAACAAAAUAAAAGUGAACGUGCGCGUCUGACGGUAAAAGUAGGUCAGCUUUAUGAUUUUGAGUUUAACGAGUACUCACAGACGUACACACAACACACAACCACAUUGGCGUACUUAGUACAACUGAAGUCUGCAAACUGAAUAGUAGUUAACUUUGGAGCCAGCCAGUCGAACUCGUUCUCCAGCAACCUGUCCGUACUACAUUGAAGCCACUACCAGUACCAUCAUAAGUGUGGCUACUAUUAAUUAUACCCUAUAAUCGCCAGUGUGUCGAUGUUUACCAAGAAUAGCGGUCAUUACGAUUUUAAACGCUCCACCAUGAACAACUUAGACGAAGCGUUGACCCUUAUCAAAGCGUCCUUGAACUCCCCUCAAAUGGACGUCGAGGGAUCCCAUUAUGAUCAAAACAUUACCCAUUUGAUUGUUGUGAUGGGUGCAUCGGGAGAUUUAGCCAAAAAGAAAAUCUAUCCCACGCUAUGGAUGUUGUUCCGCGACAAUUUGAUCCCGGACAAAACUUAUAUUUACGGAUAUUCCAGAUCUAAGUUGUCCAUGGAUCAAAUUAAAACAAACUGCGCACCUUACCUUAAAUGCAGUGAACACGAAAAAGGACGUCUCGCUGAGUUUUGGUCUUAUAAUUUCUACCUGAGUGGAUCUUAUGAUGAUCUAGCCGAUUACAAGACUCUAAGUGAAAAAUUGGCCAAGCUCGAAACUUCUGGACUGUCUAACCGUUUGUUCUAUUUGGCAAUCCCGCCAUCCCUCUUCGAAGUGACCACAACUCACAUUCAGGAAACAUGCAUGGAAUGCAAAGGUUGGGCUCGUAUCAUCAUUGAGAAGCCAUUUGGCCGUGACGCUGCUAGCUCUGAAAAACUCUCCAACCAUUUGGCAACUUUAUUCCGAGAGGAUCAAGUGUAUCGUAUUGAUCAUUAUCUCGGCAAAGAAAUGGUUCAGAAUCUGAUGACAUUAAGAUUCGGAAACCGGAUGUUCAACACUGGAUGGAACAGAGACAAUAUUGCUCAAGUACAGAUUACUUUCAAAGAACCUUUUGGCACUGAAGGUCGUGGUGGAUAUUUUGACAGCUUUGGUAUUAUCAGGGAUGUCAUGCAAAACCAUUUGCUUCAAAUUCUCAGUUUGGUCGCUAUGGAAAAGCCAGCGACAAUUCAUCCUGAUGAUGUUCGAAAUGAGAAAGUAAAAGUCUUAAAAUGCAUACCACAAGUAGAAUUGUCUGACGUAAUUCUUGGACAGUAUGUAGGAGACCCAGAAGCUAAUGAAGACCAUAAAAAGUUUGGUUACUGCGACGAUAAAACUGUACCUCCCGGUUCAAAAACUGCAACCUAUGCAUCUGCUAAAUUGAAAAUUAAGAAUGAACGUUGGGAUGGUGUGCCUUUCAUCUUGAAGUGUGGAAAAGCAUUAAACGAGCGAAAGGCCGAAAUUCGUAUUCAAUAUCAUGAUGUACCCGGAGAUAUAUUUGGAGGAGUUUUGAAGAGAAACGAACUUGUUAUACGAGUACAGCCUGAUGAGGCUGUGUACGUAAAAAUGAUGACCAAGCGACCUGGUAUUGGAUUUGAAAUGGAAGAAACCGAACUAGAUUUGACUUACAAUAGCCGCUACAAAAAUGUCAAGUUACCCGACGCUUAUGAGAGAUUGAUAUUGGACGUGUUCUGCGGCUCUCAAAUGCACUUUGUGCGUUCAGAUGAGCUUUCCGAGGCCUGGCGUAUAUUCACUCCUCUCUUACAUGAUAUAGAUGCGACCAAUCCAGAACCAUUACCUUAUAAAUAUGGAACUCGCGGACCAACUGAAGGAGACCAACUCGCCCUUUCCAACAACUUCAAGUAUUACGGAUCUUAUAAAUGGGUAAAACCGCAUGCUUAAUCUGAACAAAACAAAAGACUACAUUGAGAUGAGGUUUGAGCCUUAGAUUUAAAAACUAAUAAUAUCUAUAUAAAAUUGUUUUAUAUUUAUGUUAAUUUAUAUAAUAAUAAUGCAUUUCACAUAUUUUUUUUUUGAAGUUUUUUUUUAAAAAAUGUUUUCUUGUAAUAAUUUAAAUGUCUUAUUAUUUUUAUUUUGUAAAAUGUUAAUUUUUUUGUAAAACUAUUAUUUUAUUUUAAAUUUUACUCUGUAGUCUAAGCAAACCUAAGUCGGUGAUAUAGUAUAGCCAUAUUGUUUUUUAUGAGCAGUAACUAUUAAAGAAACUGUCCAUUUUUUAGUAGUUAUUGUAUAAAUUGAACACUUUGCCAAGUUUUAGAGUAUUAACGAUAUUGACGUUUUGAACCAAAAUAUCAUGCUCAGUAUUAUUCGAGUACUUGUCUAAUGAUCGAGCCUUGAUGCAUGUUCACUAUAAUAGUUUGUUUGGUUUUUAAAUUAUUGUAAGUUAACAGGGUGUGGUAAAGUGUUUUAGUGAUAUGUUUGUAAUCUGUAAUUGUUUUAGCAGGCCUUAGCGAAUUUAUCACUUGUUACUUGUUUACCAUGAAUAUUGUUUUCUUAAUCUUAAAGUUUUGCAGGGUAACUUAUGUUGUUGAAAUCUCACCUUAUUUUAAAUUUUUGUAAAAAAAAAUAUGCUAUGCUGUCAUAAUUUAAAAUAUAUAU